AAUAAUAAUGCUUUCACCAAACAACGAAAUAAUAAUACUUUCACCAAACAACAAGCUGCCAAAAAAAUAUAUAACUUCCUAAAACAUCAACCUUCAACACAUAGAACUCGAAAAAUCCUUGUAAGGCUCUUACAUCUCCGAAAUUUACAAAACCUACUCAAUUCCUUGAGUUCUCAAAACCAAAGUUUCGGAACGCUUACUUUUACGAGUAAAGGUGCAGGAAAACAAAUAUUUCCAAUUUCAGAAAAUAAUAAGAUGUUUCUUAUACAAGAAGACUCCAUAUUGAAAAUCCUUGAUCAAUUGGAUAAAGUGCAAAGUGAAGGAAAUGAGAUUGUUCGGGAUAGAAGAAAAGAAAUUGUUAAAAUUGCCCAAAAAAUGUUGGAAGAAUUGGAUGCUGAAAAAGAUAGACAGUGGAAAUUGUUUUGCGAUGAGUUAGAAAAUAGUGAAAGCGUUGUAAAUGAGAAUAGUGAAAGCGUUGUAAAUGAGAAUAGUGAAAGCAUUGAAAACGAGAAUAACGAAAGGAUUGAAAACGAGAAUAGUGAAAGUAUUGAAAACAUUGAUAAUACAGAGGAUAUAGUUAUCAACAAUGAUGUUAUUGAAAAAAACGAUGGCGAAAAGGAUAUAGUUAAUGAAGAAGUUACUGAUGAUGCUAUUAUUGAAACAAUCGAUGACGAUAAAGAGGAUGUGAUUACCUAUGAAGUUAUUGAUACUUUAAACAACUCAUCAGAGGCAGAAGAAAUCAAACCAUAUACAAUUUUAUCACAAGAUGACGUGAACAUUGAAAACAAAACUAAAGACACGAAAUCUAUCCAUACAAGAGAUGACGAAAACGAUUUCGAUUUUAUUGACAACACCGUAUUCGAUUCUAAUUAA